CUAUGGUUUUGACUAGCGUCUCACAUUAGAUUGAAAUGUAUUGAGUGAUAGACCUGAUUUAUAUCACUGUCUGUGGUGGUACCUCGUUUCCAAUAAUAAUGAAACGUGAAUUUUCAUCGACGUCGGAAGAAAAUCAACCUUCUUCGUCGUCAUGUAUUGACAAGAGAAGGCAAGAGGGAAAAAUUCGUUUAGCUGUUGUCAGUGGAUUUUUUUCAACUGUCGGAAGUCUAUUUGGUAAAUUCGCUGGUGGUGCUGAAGCCAAUUCCAUUUCCGGAUUGCUGCUUAAAGGAGUACUUUUAGUAUUAAUGGUAACAAGCAACACCGUGGGCUGCACAUUUUUCGUAAAAGCACUCAACGCCAGCGGAUCUUCUUUACCGUGUACAAUAACUAGUGCCGCCACCAGUUACAUUUGCUCGGCUUUCGCGGGUUCCUUGAUUUUUAAUGAGUCAACGUCACUGACUUGGUGGUGCGGUAUAUCCUUCGUUAUUUUGGGUUUAUUGCUCAUUAGCCGUACUCCAUCCAAAGACGAUUAUGUACCUUCCUCGAAGAAGUCGAAAAGCCAGUAACUUCUGAAAAUAGUCUUCCUGCUAUUUUUGAAGAUCAUGUGUACUUGUUUUUAUAUAUUUUUUUACAAGUGUAACAGCACUAUCUAUUUUAAUAUGUAUUAAAUGAAAUAAAUAAACAACUAUGUUGAAA